UACCCAAUGGGAGGCCGAGGGAUUUCCGUUUCACGAAGAUUCCACGUGAUAGAGUUAGAGCAGCGAUGAACCGAAGUAGGACGCUAUCCCAGGGCCAGGCUCUGGGCACCGGCAGCUGUCACGUGACUCGCGCGCUGCCCUCUGGGAGUUGGGCGUCUGCGCACUUGCCACUUGCUGGCGCCUGCGCACUUGCCGGGGCUUCCGCAACCUUCCCGCGCUUUCCUUGUCGAGGAAGAUCCUCAUGCCGGAAUAUCAUGGCAGGUCAUGCUGUGAAGCCUGAUAAUAGAAAUUGCAAGAGACCACGAGAAUUAGAGCCUCAAAUGCCAGAUAGUCCACAGCUGUCCUCUCUUGGAAAAUCAGAUUCGUCUUUCUCUGAAAAUUCUGGACUACUUUAUAAAGAUGAAGUCUUAGAGAAAGAUUUAAAUGAUAUGAGCAAGGAAAUUAAUCUAAUGUUGUCUACAUAUGCAAAGAUUUUAAGCGAGAGAGCAGCAGUAGAUGCAUCUUACAUUGACGAGAUAGAUGGACUCUUCAAAGAAGCCAAUACUAUUGAAAACUUCCUAAUACAAAAAAGAGAGCUCCUGAGACAGAGGUUAACAGUGAUUGCAAACACACUACACAGAUAAAAUGUGCAAUUAAAAUAAACUGAGAAUUUAAACCUGUUAUUGUUGUAAUGAAAGAAUGACAUUUAUGCUUCAAAAGCUCCCUAGUUGUUAAAGAAAAUGUGUAUCUCAGAGAAGGGGAAACUCCUUGAAUUUCUUUCCUAGAUUUAAAAAGAGCUUUGAGCUGGACAUUAAUAUCAAGUAUGUAGUUUUUCUUUUCAGGGCCAGAUUUUGGGGCACAUUUUGUUAAA